AUGGUCCGCAACCCGAUACCAAUUAAUGCGCGGUCCGGUACCAAACGUUCUGCAGCCCGGCUCCAAAUUUUCCGCGGCCAUGUAUUAGAUAACCCGCGGUCCGGUACCAAAUGGUCCGCGGUCCGGUACCAAAUGGUCCGCGGUCCGGUACCAAAUGGUCCGCGGUCCGAAACCAAAUGGUCCGCGGUCCGGUACCAAAUGGUCCGCGGUCCGGUACCAAAUGGUCCGCGGUCCGGUACCAAAUGGUCCGCGGUCCGGAACCAAAUGGUCCGCGGUCCGGUACCAAAUGGUCCGCGGUCCGGUACCAAAUGGUCCGCGGUCCGGUACCAAAUGGUCCGCGGUCCGGUACCAAAUGGUCCGCGGUCCGGAACCAAAUGGUCCGCGGUCCGGUACCAAAUGGUCCGCGGUCCGUUUUUCUUUCUUUCUUUCUUUCUUUCUUUCUUUCUUUCUUUCUUGUAUUUCUUUACUUGUUACUUUCUUUGCUUCUGUUUAUUUUUCUUUCUUUUGUUCUUUCGUCAUUUCUUUGUUUCUUUCUUUCCUUUUCUUUCUUUCUUUCUUUCUUUUUUUGAUUGUGUCUUUCUUUCUUUCUUUGAUCCCUUUCUUUUCUUUUUUCUUAUCUUUUUCCUUUCUUUCUUUCUUUUUUCUUAUCUUUUUUCUUUCUUUCCUUUCUCUCGCUUAAUUUUCUUUCAUUUUUCUGUCUUCUCUUUCUUUUCUUUCUUUGUUUCAUUCUUUAUGUCUUGCUAUCUUUCUUUCUUUCUUUAG